AUGUUUGUUGACUUAAAGUCUAGUUCCCGGUCCCUCACACCCUUUCUUCAGAGAGUUUGUUACUUAUACAGAGCGAGUUUUAAGGUUUGUUUGCCUAUUUCCACUGCAAGAAAAGAUGGAAAGAAAUUCAAGGAAAAGAAGUUCUCCAGCGCGUCUAAGAGAAGACCUUGCAUAUGGGGAUCCAGUGUCUUCUGGUACCCUCACCAACGGGCCUACUGUUCUGCGUUCAAGUCCUGGUCCGGAUAUGUCAACGCUGUUGUUGACAUAUUCUUCACCAAAGAAACACUUGCAAUUUCAAGUGCAAGGGGAAGUGACAGAAAAGGCAAAAGCGGUGAUGCAAACAUUCCGUUGACCCUCCUCAUCAUUGAUGCCCUUGUUGGUAAAGUCUGUUCAAAGUUUUCAAAGGACUCUCCUCAACCGAGCCAAAUCAUACAGAAGAUAAACAUGAAAUGUGUGGAAGCUAGAAGGCCCCCAAGAGUACGAGAGCAACGAGCAGAAUGA